AUGUUGGUUCCUUCUAUUGUUGCUUUAGUUGUAUUAGCGACUAUUAAUUUAAAUGUUUAUGCUUAUAAAUCCUAUUCAAAAUAUCAAUUAUGGCGUUUACAUCCUACAAAUAAUGAACAAGUCGCUAAAUUACUUGAGUUUAGUCAUCAAGCAUAUGAACACAACAUCAAUUUUUGGUCAGACAAAUUUCGAACAAAUAUUCCGAUUGAUGUUAGUAUAGCACCUGAAUCUGUUAAUAGCUUUCGUGAAUAUUUAUCAUCAGAUAAUAUGAAAAUAAAAUAUGAUGUUAUUAUGAAAGAUAUUGGUUCUGUUAUUGAAGAACAACAAUUAGUUCAUAAAUUUUCACCAUCAUAUGGAAAGGCUAAUGAAUUUGCGUAUGAUAAAUAUCAUCCCCUUGAUGAAAUUCAUUCAUGGAUUGAUUCAAUGGUUGAAACAUAUCCAUCAUUAGCAACAUCAUUUGCUGUUUGGUGGGAUGGAGGUAUUCAUGCUCGAGAAUGGAUCAGUCCAGCAACGAAUAUUUAUAUUGCCCAUGCACUUUUAUCAAACUAUGGCAAAGAUUCAACAAUUACUCAUUUGGUAGAUCAAUUUGAUUAUUAUAUUUUACCAGUAUUCAAUGUAGAUGGUUAUGUAUAUACAUGGACAAAUGAUCGAUUAUGGCGUAAAACUCGAAGUAAAACAUCUGAUACUCGUUGCUUUGGUACUGAUCCAAAUCGUAAUUGGGAUUAUCAUUGGUGUGAAAAUGGUUCUUCACCUGAUCCAUGUAGUGAUUCUUAUUGUGGAAGUAAACCAUUUUCAGAAGUUGAAACAGCACAAGUAGCACAAUUUCUUAGUAAUCAUAAUGAUACAAUUGUACAUUAUAUUAAUUUUCAUGCAUUUUCACAAUAUUGGAUGGUACCAUGGGCUUAUACAACAACAAGACCAGCAGAAUUUAAAUUACUAGAUGAUGGAUCAGCUGAAGCUGUUCAAGCAAUUAUGGCUGUUGAGAAUACGAAAUAUACUCAUGAUAGUGUUGCCCAAAUUAUUUAUGUUGCAUCUGGUAGUACAGUUGAUUGGACAUAUGGUACAGCUAAUAUAAUAUUUAGUUAUGGUGUAGAACUUCGAGAUACUGGUGAUUAUGGGUUUUUAUUACCGGAAAAUCAAAUUAUUCCAACUGGUAAAGAAACAUUAGCUGGUGAAUUAGCUUUAUUGAAAUAUAUUGAAAGACAUGUGUUAGGUGGUAGCUCACACAUUUCUAUCCACUGUGCUUUUGUAUAUGUGUUUCUCCCAUUUUCUCUCCUUUAUAUUUUCUUUUCGUUCUCCUAUUAA